AGGAGUGCUGCGCUUUACUGUAUGCAUUGUGGUUGUGUCCUUGUGAUUGGCUGGUUUGCCUGUAUGACCUUGAGUAGCUAGCGAUGACAGUUAUUGUUUUUCUGCUUGACAACAGCGCAGCAAUGAACCAGCGCACUUUUCAAGGCACUACGUUACUAGACGUAGCAAAAUCUGCGAUAGAGAUUUUUUUCAAAAUAAGGAUGAGCAAAUCAAGAGUAGAUCGUUAUUUUGUGCUUACUUUGAAUUCUGACAUAAGUUAUGUCAAACUUACCGGUUGGAAGCAGAAUGUUGAUCUUCAGUUACUUCAUUCUGCCUUAAAUAAUAUAAAACCAGACGGUUUAGUUGAUUUGUCAACUGGUAUUCAAAGAACAUUCCGGAUGUUAAAUAUAAAUAGAUUGCAACUCGGACUGGAAAAUUAUGGGAUGGGGAUUUAUCCAUCAUGUAUUGAACCCUCUGUAAUAAUAUGUAUUACUACUAGCAUAGGCUCAUACAGUUUUGAUGGCCAGAUUUUCAAUGAUGCAUCUAUAACUUCCAUAGAAUCUGCCGUUCUUGGGAAUGUUUUGACAAAAGAGACUUUCCGUUGGGAUUACCGCAUGUAUUCUCUGGUACUUCGUUUUCCCGCAUUUGUCAGUAAUAUUCAUGGUGGUAACUCCAUAAGAUCAGAAACAAUCUCGCCGCUUAAAAGACUUGCGGAGAAAACUGGCGGUGAAAGUUUUGAUGUUUACGACGGUCGUGAACUCCACCAAUGUCUUGACUCUCUUGUCACAAAAUGCCAACCUGGCGUGGUUUUAAAAUUACGAAGGUCUACUGACUGCGUUGAUGCGGCUCUCCAAGAGAAAUUCGUAAAGCAGUUGAUGUCAGUUAAGCUAAUGGGAAGGUCAUCGUCUUGGCCUAUCCCAGAACAAUUUUGGCCUGAUGAUGAGAUGCUAGCAUCAGAGUUGCCACCUAGAAGUGCACAUCCUGAAGUCCUUGUAUCUAAAGUUCCUGUUGUGGAACCUGAGUUGCCCGAGUAUUUCCCCGUCGACCGUUACGAGUUGACUCCAUCACAUUUUACGAAAGAAUUUCUAAAUUCGUCGGAGCAAAAUAUGGUUUGGCGGUGUUUCAGCUAUGGUAUCAAAAAGAGUCAGAAUGCACCGUUUGGUUAUUUAAAAGUAUCAAGUGAUCUCCAGUCAGUACAUCUGCAUAUACUUCCUUACAAUUAUCCUGUAUUUCUUCAGUUACUUGGUGAUAUAUGUGAUCAUAAACGUAUGACGGAAGCCUGGGGUCAUCAGUUUGUGAACUAUCUAGGAACCAUACCGAAAUAUUACUUUAUGCCCCUAGCGAAGGCGUUUGAACGAAUAGGGUUUGUCGGGAUGAUUAAGCCUGAAGCUAUUGACCGUGCACUUCCUUAUCAAUUGAAACAUUCUUUGCAAAAGCUUCGGCAUUCAGCUAAAAUUGAAUACGAUAACUUCGUGCGUAUGACGCAAACUGACAGCCCCACAAACCCAACUGUUACUUUACCAUCAGCCUUAUUGCCUUUACCUUUGUGGCCGCUACGUGAAUUUAAAUCGAUGUAUAUCAAACCUAAGCGCCUUCAUUCAAAUUCUCUCCGACCUUGUAAUAUAUCUCGAACCAAGUUGCGCGUAGUUUUGGGGAAAAUGAGGCAUGAACUUGAUAACCUCCUAAAUGGUUCAUCUAGCAUCCGAGCAGUUGACUUGAUUCAUCAACAACCAGUCGCCUUAAUGGGUGAUUAUGUUAACUACAGAAAUUCCCGGCAGGUCGAAACACCUUUGAGGGAGAUAAAUCCAACUCCUGAACGGUCGGAUACAUUCGGAAACCCUUUCCGACGGAAGUCUACAUCCUUCGUCGCGGAUGAAGGUUUCGUUGAUGAGAUGGAUUCAUUGCAAGUUAAUUCUUGUAAUCCGAAUACAGUUUUGCUCAAUUUUGGGCGAAAAAAGUCUGCACAAACCACCAAAAAUCCUCAAGCAAGAGUCAAAGGUCCAUUACCUCCGUAUAUUAAUCACUUAAAUUGGCGUUUUUUCUCGCCGAAAUCUUCACCGCUGUCAUCGCCUAGAUCUUCGGAUAAUACUUUCAGUGAAGAAAUAUCAAGCGCGAUUUCAUCUCCCACAUAUGCCGACAAUUCCCCUUCCUUAAUAAACCACUCAAGAUUCGCCAACCAAGCAAUUAUUGAAAAAACAAAUACUUUUGAUACUAGAAAUGCAUCGUCAUUGGAAAGUUUUAAAUUAAACAAGAAAAUUAUGUUCGAAUUAAUUCAUUUGGUUCGACAGCCUUAUACAGUUUUAGGUUGCUUGAAGAGUUUAUGGUGCUUAAUUUCGAUGGGAAGAGAUAUAAUUGCGAAAAGUCGUCGAUAUACGUAUUCGCUCAAUUGUUCUCGUCAAGUUCAUUCAUUAAGAGUAUCGCGGAUGAUUUCAAAAAAAGGGAGUUAAUCGACGUUAAGGAUUGUCUUUCCUCAGUUUACGUCCAUCAAGGUGAAAUGGCCACUAUACCACUACUGGUCACCAAUGUACCUGCAAACAAUAUCAUUCCAGAAUACACAACUUCUGAUGAUGCAACGUCCUGUUACAUUGUCGUCUUACGUUGUCCGGUUGGUUGUUCGAUAGGACAUCUGGAUACUCCAUUGCGCGCCAGGUCAUUUUUCAGAAAUUCCGAACGUUUCUUCUUUUCAAAAGAAAGUGUUAAUGUCACAGUCCACAUAGUCGGGGGUUUUCCAGAUCCACGAAACAUUUCACAUUCUGUACUAGUUGAAAUACUUUCAUCACUAAUAUGUAGUGAUCACAAUUAUGAACUUGGGGUAUGCUGUGUCGGUGAAAAUAACAUCCUUAGCUCUAGUGGUGGAAAAUCACAACCUGCUAUUUUGGGUGUUAUCUUCAAUAUCAAAACCAACCAAAUGAAUCCUGCUCGUAUAAGUUGGAAAGCACGUGGACCUGUUCCUGCGUUAAGACUUUUACGCCUAGACUGUGUAGGUUCAGAUGAAAUAACUAACGUAUUCAACCCAGAAAGGGGUUACCUGACUAUAGAUCCUUUCUCGUACGUUCGCCCAGCUUUUGUGAAUACGCAAAUAACAUCUGAAGAAAUUCGAGCUGGGUCCACAACACCUGAGCAAGAACCUGCAACAUACUUUGAAGGUCAGAUUGCUGUGCACCGCUUGAGGCUUCACUGUCCUAACUCCCUAAGUUGGUUUGGACUUGGUCCACUGAUCUUCCGUUGUGUUCUGGAUUCAAAUAAACCGUGGGUUCCUAUAAAUGGAGCUUCCACAGUUGCAUCAGAAGACCCUUUAACAAACGUCGAAAUAUAACCUCAUUAUAUUAUAC